AUGAUCAGGCGGGGUGGUGGAAAAGGGGCGGAAGGGAGGGGAGUGAAGGAAAUGAGGGCUUAUAAGGAAGAGAAGUCAGGAAACGAAGUUAGCAAGGCUGUGAAAAGGAGAAAGCGGGAAGCUGGGAAGUGCGAAGAAGCAAGGGAGAGGGAGUGCAACUGUGACGCAGGCGUUUGCAAUGAUGAUGAUGAGGAGGAGGAGGAGGAGGAGGAGGAGGAGGAGGAGGAGGAGGAGGAGGAGGAGGAGGAGGAGGAGGAGGAGGAGGAGGAGGAGGAGGAGGAGGAAGAGGGAAGUGGAGGGGCUUACGUGAAAGGAGCAGCAAGGUGCUGA